AUGGCGGAAGACGAUGAUGGUGUUUCGGAUAAAAAAUCAUCUCAAAAUUCAAAUAAUGCAGGCUAUCCUGAUGAGAAUCAUCAAAAUUCAACAAAGCCUGAUCUAGGUAUAGAAGAAGCUAAGUAUGACAGCAAAGAAAAUGGUCAUACAUCACCAACAGACCCUACUAGCUCGACGUCAAAGUCAACGGGAACAAUGCGUAAAGAUGAUAAUCCUUUUUCAUUUCGGCAUUUCCUGAAGCGCGACUUAUCCUUACCAGGGAAUUCUACGUACGAGAACACCGGUGCUAGACCAAAGGUUUACGCGAAUACAGUGCAGCACUCUCCUACGAGAAUAGAGAAAUUGGAUAUUCACAAUGAACCGAGGCGGGAGAAAAAUCGUUUCAACGAUAUCAAAGCCAAAGAAAAUAAAACAGACAGUGUAUUACACCGUAAUAGUGACGAUGCAUCCUCAAGUAGUUCAGUAGAAAUUCCUUUUAGUGUAGUCGAAGAAUCUGAAUCUAAGCAUAACUUCUAUGCAGACCAUACGGAUGUUCCAUUUUUCCACCGGCCAAACCUGGCAUCAGAACCUCUGGGCAUGCCAUCUCUUCCAGACUUUGUUCAAGACCAUAUUUUGGUGGAACAGGCUUAUUUAAAUUCUAAUGGUCCUAUAUCAGUAGAUCUUGAUAAUUUACCAGACUUUACAUACACUAAUUCUAAUUAUAGUGCUGGUUCCUCAUCUUCUCUUGGUAGAAGAAACAAAAAUAGUUAUGGUAACAGAAAUUACGAUUAUGACUCUUAUUUGGGUGCUGCAUCAACCUCUGCUGAUUCAGGAUCAGCAAUACGGAAUGUCCCAUUGGAUCUCCCAGGGGGGGCUGAGGCAGCUCCUCCAUUAGACCUAGUGCACCUUAACUUGGAUUUAACAGAGUCAGUUAAUCCAGCAGACAGGAGAAAUGUCUCACCAAGAAACAAUUUUCCUCUUGACCUCCCUCCUAAUGCUGGAGCUGAGUCGAUGCGGUUGCCAGAUUUCCUACCAAUACAUCCUGGCAGAACAUCACCUGAACCCCAACCACAGAACGACCAGUUGCAGCAUAUUAUGGAGUUAGAGAGGACCAGGUCAGAGCUAUUUAUGGAACGGAACAGACGGCUACGAGCUGAAGAUGAGUUGAACUCUGGAAGAGAAGCACUCAGACUUUUAAGGGCUGAGUUGAGCAGUGUCAGGGCUUCUGAAGCCGCUUUAAGAUUACAGCUGAGCGAAGCUAGACAUGCUGAUAGAGAAUAUAUUGGGCAAAUUGAGGCUGCAACACAUCGAGUUGAACAUAAUUUGAUGGAUACUGCUAGUCGAGCCACUGAAGGAGAAUCAAUGAUUACCAAAUUGAAGAAUGAAAUCAAAAGACUCAAGGAGGAAUUAUCUUCGUCCCAAGAAGAAGCUCGUUCCCUCCGCAACGUUCAAAGCAACGCGGCCGUCGACCUCAGGCAUGCUACCACCGUCGCUGAGACAUCACUACGGGAAUUAUUAUCCGGAUUGGAGCGACUUCGGUCUCUCAGUUCCACUUUGGACCCGACUUGAUAUUGAACUACUGAGUUAUGAAAUAAGUAGACUAUGUCAGCUAUGAGCAGAUUCGAUGUUUUUACUGAUAAAUUGUAUAACUCUUCUAUUUUGAAUUUUCUAAGACUAAUAUUUUGUGAUGGAGAGACCACAUUGCUUAGAAAAAGACUAAAAACAUGUGAACUUCUCUGGCCCUUUGCCGGAUAUAGGGGAAUGGAACCAGAAAGUACUCGACUGCAAAAAAGGGUUAUCGGUUUAACUUGUAUGUAUUGAUGCAAAAACAUAAAGAUAAACUAUGUUGGAUUCAAUAUAAAUUUCGUAUAUGUAUGUUUGUCCAUAAAUUACUGGGAAACAAUAAGUCAAUACGAGAUGACCCUUUUUGAUUUUUUCCCUGCAGCAGUUUCUGAGAUAUUAUUACUUAUACUAUUGUCUUGACUAUUUAAAGUUGGUUUAUAUUUAUCUAUUAAAAAGUCUGGUCCUUCAUUUAUUCACAUUCAUGCUAUGUGAUCUUUUAUGGAAUAUUUUGGUCGUAAAAAUAUCGAAUCUGUAAAAAUAAAUAGUUUUAAAGUUUUGGCUGCUAAUAUGAUUUUAACAUAUAUUUGCUAGUAGUAUCGCAUAAUAAUUAUGUUUAGUAAAUUUAUAUUUAUGUCUGAACUGCUGAACCGUUGAAGGAUUUAUCAGAUCUCUAAAUGAAACAAGAAAUAUGUUACAUUGUUUUUUUAGGCUUUUAUCAUUUUAAAUGUAAUAUUUCUGUUAUGGUUCAAUGGAAAUUGCACUUUAACCGACAAAUAAAUUUUUAUUUUAUUAAAACUACAGUAUGUAUCUUUUAGUUCUAAACUAUUAUGUUAAGUUUAAAUAAAAGUAUGUUUUUAACCGUUUCAAUGCCAUCUAUAAUGAAUUUUGGUGUAGAGUAGAAAAUAUAGAGGCAAUCGGUUUACAAAUACUUUUUGGCUAAUCACAUUCUCAAAAGUUGUAAAACAAUCUUUUCAAUGACAUUUGACUUAGGCGAUAUUUUGACAUGAGAUAUACGAGACUUAACCAUGAGGUCAUGCAUUCGAACCCUGGCUAUGCACCAAUAGAUUUUUUAAACUUAGUAAUGGAAAACGUGAGGAAAUGUAACAGGCACAGGAGGCUGGUCUUUACAAAUGGACAGAAAAUGUAUGAGUGGAUUUAUAUGAAAAUUAUUUAUUAAAGUGCAAUUUCUUUGAAACCUUUUCAUUAUUUGGUGUAAGCAUUAUAUCGGCUUAAGGUAAAGACGAAAUUGUAAUAAAAAAAAUCUUAAUCGAAAUAAUACUCAAUUGUAUUAUUAUGGACUGUAUAUAAAAAUAACCUCUAUAAUGUAUUUUUAAACAGUUUAAUAACUGUCAUUCAGAAUUCAGAAAAAAUCAAAUUAUCACUAAGUUAUUAUAUUUAUUGUUUAUCACAAUUUCAACUCGAAAGUAAGUACUUUAUUAUUUUGGUUCACGGUUGAACUGUGUUCUGUAGACUUAUUUGCAAUUUAAUAACAAUUACAAAACCUCUACACUGAAUUUUAGGUACAAAAAUUCCAUUCCUUUUGCGUUACAAUAUUGAUUUGAGGUUUUUCGCGACAGGCUUAUGUAUUAAAAAAAACGUUUAGUAUGAAUACGUUAUUGUGUAAAUAGUUUCUUUUGGAACUACAAAACCAUCAAAGUAAUGGGAAAAUCGAUUGAGUUUGAUAACGAUAUCAUUUACGUUUACGAAAACCUAAGACUAAAAGUUCGUUCCAAAUAACGUAUACAAUUGUAUGACAAGACGUAAGCCUACGUUUGGUCACGUUUGAUGACAAUGAUCGCCUGUCGCGAUGUUUGUCUAAGUGUAAGAAAGAUUCAAAGUCGAGAAUUAGUGAUAACUACAACUCGCAUAUGUCAAAUCGUUUAUUACGAUAGACAAAGUCAUACUUACCACUAAACCUUCUCUGAAUCAUACCCUAAGACUCUCGUACAAACAAAACAUCACAUGAGAAAUUGGACCAAAAUGAAAUCGUGUUUAAACUUUCAAUUUAUUUCAGUUUACAUUAUUAGUAUUCGUUUCUUAUUGAAACCACGGUUUUUUAGUUACCCAUGUAAACUUAUUUAUUUACAUUAUUGUAAAUGCGUUAGAAUAAAUCUAUGGGAGACUAGUACUUAGUACUUAGGUAAGUUGUCUAACACUUACUUUUCUUGUGUAUUCGGGAUAAAUAAUUCGCAUUAAGACUGAUUUUAGUAUCGCAGUCGGCGUUUUUAAAACCUGUAUGUCAGAAUUUGACAUACUAGUGACAUUAGGGAGAAUUCUCCACUAUCUCUAUCUCCAUUUGCCUGGCCGGAAAAUAAACAUCACGGCUGACAAUCGGCGAUACUAAAAACAGCUUAGAGCUACUCAAUAUGAUAUUAAUUAAUAUUAUAAAACGUGGAUGGUUUGUUACCGUGGCUACGAUGUUUUCCUAUGUAAAAAUGGUAACCAUGAUAAUAAAGUUUGAUUUAAAUAACUUUAAUCUACGUUUUACCACUUUAUAGUAAAUAUAUUUGCUACUGGAAAUCAAAAUACCUUCAAGUAUUACGUAAGCAUUUCAGGGGGAGGAAGGUCUUUCAUUUUAUUAUAUUGUGAUUACGUCAACAGUAAUUAUUUACUUUGACGCAUGAUCCUUACAAAAAAUGAAUACGUUUAUGUACCAUUAUUUUUGCUGACAAAGGGCUGGGGGGGGGGGGGUAAUAUAAAUUUCAGUAAAUAUGCUUAUGUAAUACUUGAACGGCACUAUAGACCUAGAUGAUCAUAUUCGAAAUUCUGUAUAUAUAUAUUUUGGCAGUUUAGUUGCAAUUUUUCACUUUAUUACAGCGUAUUAAAGUUGAGAAUUGACUAAACUACUUAAAACUUGAUUUGAAUUAUGUUAAAUGGAUAAAAUGUAAUCAAACUAUAAAAAACUAAUCAAGAUAUUUUACAUAAGUCGUAAAAGGAAUCAUAAAAAUAUUUAGUUUAAAUUUUGUUUAUGGUUUGCAGUCUGUAACUUGUCAAAACAAUUUUCCAAAAGAUUCUUAAAUGUAUGUAUCGUUUUAGAGGCUUUGUUUAUAUGACCUUAAUAAUGAUCUACUAGAAACUCAUUUAAAAUAAUUUAUUACCUUUUAAACAUUGAGAUUCUUAUAACCUCAAAAUCCUUCAGUCAUUUUAAUCUUAUCGCAAUAUGUAUUUUUUAAUAUAUUUUUUCUUAGUGUUACCAAAUUCACGACAUUCCUGAAGAAUAUUAAACAUUAAUAAUUUCACGAUAGACUGCCGAAAUUAUUUAUCAAAUUUAAUUGCCAUAAGCCUAAGAAAGUGCUGUUGUGCUUCUUACUAGUUUUUACCAGAUUAUUUUAGUAUUAUAUAAAUUAUAAAAAGAUGACGCUUAAGCCCUUUAUAUUGUGAGAUGAUGUAGUUAUCAUGUCUUAGCGAUAAUAUAUAUUAAAAUGACUGUAGGGCACUAAGUCUAAAUCUAGUUUGUCUAGAAUCCUUAAUGGCUAUAAAUUUUUAUCCUUAAAUUUGGGUUUUUGUAUAAAAGUAAAAUGUUGUACUAAGUGUUUGUAUGGAAAAGGUGUUAUGUUUAUGAAACUCGGAAUAUAACUUAUGUGAGUCUGAUAAUAAAUUAAUUUUGAAGCGA